AUCCUACAUCCACCUCCAACACCCCCACGGCAACACAGUUGCUUCUCUCCAUCACGCGUUUUCUCGACCUCUAUAGUAGUUCUUUUACCCAUCGACACGCUGGCCUUGUCGUUCUUAAUUCUGAAAAACCCUUUGAUAAACACACCUUCUAACACCAUCGGAUCUCGGAGCUCUGGAGCUAAAGAGGCAUUUUAAACCUCACUAGUUUUUCGCCUUCUACUGACCGGCGAGCGAACUCUUAAUCGCAGUAACCACACCUUCCGGGCCUUCCGCGAAAGGCAUGCGAGCUAUGGCAAAACAAGCCCAAGCUUCACGAAACUCACCGGUUUUCCCCAUCACUCUGGGUUUUUCGAAACUGCUUGCCCUCUUUAAGGCUGUUGUCCUUCUAUCAACUGCCUCAAUCAUGUCUUAUGCCUCCCAAAUAGCUUUAGCGCCUGUUUACGGUGGGAUCCCGACGUCGCUUUAUCACUCGAAGAUAUCGGCUUUUGUGUUUGCGGCAGCGUGGGUUGCGAAAUACCUUCCAUUUAAACUUCCAUUUAGAGCAAGGAAUCUGCUGCCUGUUCUAUCCCUUUAUGUGCCUGCUGCUCAACGGACUCUCGCUAGGCACUCCGACAGCUGGGGUCCUUUCUGGGGCCCGAUAAUCACCGAGGGUGUGACGUUUUACCCUCUGCUCUUCUUGACAGUUUACUCUACAGCUCAUCUGGCAAAUUUUGGAAACCUUGCCGCAGAUGGAAUCGUGGCGGGCGUAUUUGCCGCGUGCUUCUGGAACAUACGGUCAUUGGUUUCGAAACACCUUGUGAACCGCAUCGGGUCGUCAUGGAUUCUCACCCGUUGCGGGCUCCCAAACCUGGCUGGUGGGAUUUAUGCAUUGGUGUCUCCUUCCCUCUUGUUCCUCACAGCUAUUCCUGCAAUCUUGCAUACAAGCAUGUACAAUAGCAUGUGCACCCCUACUGCUGGGCUCAAUGAAACAUUGGCAGCCUCAAAUUAUACCCUUCUAGCUCGUCAGGAGUCGAAUACAGGCUAUAUUUCUGUGCUUCAACACAAUCAUCAAAAUUUCAGAGUGUUGCGCUGCGAUCAUUCCCUAUUGGGUGGAGUGUGGGAGAGCCCCCCUCCAGGGUUCGAGUACGUGAGCCAGGGCGUUAAGGAGCCAAUUUAUGCUAUCUUUGUGAUGCUGGAAGCCGUCCGGCUGGUUGACCCACCUCCGAAGAACCCCAACCCGAAGGCGCUAGCUAUGUAUAUCCUCAUAAUCCCAAGGUUACUCUGGAUAGAUGUGGUGGGGCUGACCACUAUUGUCCGCUUAUAGUGGUUUAGGAAUUGGCACGGCCGUGAACGGGCUGAUCGCUCAUGGAGUGGAGACAGAUGUUGUUGAGCUAGACCCCGUAGUCCACCAAUAUGCGACAGAGUUCUUCCAACUUGAAGAGAAUCACACGGCAUACAUUGAAGAUGCCAUCACUUUUGUUAAGAGAGAGAACAAUAACAAGGGCAAGGACAGGAAGAAGUAUGAAUAUAUCCUACAUGACGUUUUUACUGGUGGGGCUGUUCCCGCGAGCCUGUUCACCAUGGAAUUCUUUGUUGGACUGAGGGACCUUCUCUCCGAGGAUGGUGUCAUCGCAAUUGUGAGCUCUACCCCUGAGCCCCUAAUCUUUCGGUUACUUUGAACGGCAACCCGAAGAGUUGUCACGUCUUGAACCCUUGGAUAACUUCCCCAUGGGACCGGGGUUCGGAGUAGCUGUAUUGGUGCUGUGCUAUCGGAGUUACUAAUCACGUGAUUUAUAGAAUUGGGCCGGUGAUUUGAAGUUGAAGGCGGCAAAGUCGAUCGUUGAAACCGUGCGAACGGUAUUCAAUGGCUGCAGGGUUUUCAGGGAGGAUAUGCCCGAAGAGGACACCGAUAAAGCCGCUGUUGACUUCACCAACAUGGUGAGUUUUAUUUACAACCCUAACAACUCCUGGUUCCUCAAUGCUCUCCCCCGUCUCUUUAAAUAGCUUAUAAUAUGCGCCCGCGUCAAGCAUUGAUCUGUUCUUCUCCCUUCCUUGUUUCAUUUUCUCGGGUUCCUCGGGUCAAGGUAACAUCGCAAUACCACAUUGGGUAUUCGUAUCCCAAGCGCGCUUCUUUUUCUGUUUGCUCGACAAGAUUUCCGGGCCCUUACCUGGACUGUGCUACGGGAUCUUUGAACCCUGUUCAGGGCAUUCUGUUUGCCCUUUUCCUGGGUCCACCCGGUUUCCCAGUUCCGUCCUCUUCCUCUCCCACGAUUUCACGACACAUUUCUUGUUACCCGGGCUAGGUCAGGCUGGACCCUACUUCUCGGCUAUUUGCCCAAAGGCGAACCCCGCGGAAGGUGGGGCGAGUCCUGAUAGGCAGAUAGCUGGGACCCUGUCUCUCUCGAACCCUGGGCAUUGUUACUGUACGAGUACGGCACUGUAUAGUCACGAAUCCGACCGAUGGGUGCAGCUCUUUUUUUUCUUCUUUGCCCUUUUCUUCUCCACUUUUCUCCAUGCCGUCUUUUCCGGAGAGCUGAGCAUGAUUCAUUGACCAUUCCUUUUUUUUUUUCUUUUUUUUUCUUUUUUUGCCCUUUCUGUGCAUCCCCCCCCCCUCCAACCGAAAAAGCUUGGUUGCCCCCCCCCAUUCCUGGCUCCGCUAACUGUCACCAAUCAUUUGGGAUUUUAGGUUAUCUUUUGCACCCGUUCUUCGGACCCCUACACGUUCCGUGCACCGGUUGAUGCCGAUAUUUUGGGGUCGAUUGCCAGGAGGAACUUCCUCUUCCCUCAAUUCGAGAUAAAUCUCGAUCAGUAUUUUGGGGUGUCGGGUGGACCCACCCUUCUUAGCGAGUCCAACAUUGACACGCUUAUUGGUUGGCAGGAAACGAGCGCUCUAGGGCACUGGGCGGUCAUCCGGACGGUCUUGCCGCCAGUGAUUUGGGAGAACUAUUAGGAAGAAUCGACCACGUGAUUCGUUUGCUUCACACCAAGGGCCUGUACUGCUAUGAUACUCGUAGUCUUUUUUUUCUUUUACUCUUUAUUUGUUUAUUCUCUACUUUUUGUGGUGCGGGUACCAUCUGUUUCUUGGGGACUGGGACCAUCUUGGCAAGCUUGGAAGAAAAGCUUGUUACCCCACAAGGGGUGGGGAGGCGCACAAUUAGACGGUUUAGGAGAAGCAAGAUGUUGUGUUCAGGAAAAAAAAUCUACCGGGCCGUUUGGGGGCGACAGGUUCGGUGUGAGAGACACCGCUACUCAGAAGAGUUCGUUUGGUGUUUAUCGAUGACUAUUGGAUGGAUCCACGAGACCAGUAACGAUGCACUGCAUGCCCUGGCCAGUACUUGAGCAUAAGGCACUCACAUUGCCGGCCAAUUAUUUCCCUCGGCGCAACCGUGUCGUUUUGGGAACCCGAGGACAGGGAUAUCAAGCAUAUGUUGUCCAACAUGUUUUUUGUCCCAUUUCGUUUUCCCCAGAACAAUCUAAUGGAAUACAAGAACCGAGGAACCAACUUGCAGGCUCUAUCUCUCCCAAGUAUCGGUGUUUCUUGUCUUGGACCUUCGCAUGGUGCCACAGCACCGUAUGGUACCGCUGCAAAUCAAUAGGCACGCACUAUCUUCAAUCGGGGUUCCUUGGAGUGCUUGACCCGCCUCGUACUCGAGCACAUGUACCGGUACUGUGAAUAGCAUUUAGGUAGCACAGGGAGGUACUUGUACGAGCAUGGGGUACCCGAACGCAUGGAUCAAAAAUCGUAUGGAAAUUGUCUGUGUGCAUCUGACCGCCCAUACCAGAUUCAGACUCAAAUGUUCGGGUACGGUACCUCACACCGGAUAGCCGUACCGGUACUUGUACUGCUGAAAUGUCCACCAGAGAUUACAUGAUUGGCCGCCAGGAAAUUUGUACAAGUAGUACUGUGCAGAUAGAGAAACCCCACGCUCACACCGGACCGUCCAUCCAUCCAACAUCCAACCCCCCACUUCCCCUUCACCCCCUGCUGUACUGUACGAGCACAGCGCUAUUCAUGCUAUCCAUUGCGCGCUACAUUCAUGCCGUGCGAGUGCAGUGACCAUACCCCACAUAAACCCACCAUGUAUCGAUCUGACAAGUCAGCUCUCUUUCGCUCUCUCUUUUAUUUCAGUCAAAAAUUAAGAAAUGGAGAAACCACUUUUCCCGGACCAUCAUGAUCACCUCGCUUGCACCUGAUCCCGCUCUAUCCCUAUCUGCCUUGGUGAUAUCGCGUCUCUUGACCACCCUCCCUCGCAUGAGUUCCGCGGAGAAUGGUACAAGUAUUACCGUAUGCAUCUCCUCACCGAACACCCAAAGAUUGACAGGCUUUUCUUCCUCUUCC